CAGUCCGCUCUCGGCCGCCCCCCGACCAACAACACUCCGUUUUUCGUCAAAAUAAAUAUAUACAUAUAAACAUAUAUACAGACUAUAUACAUACUAUAACCGCGUCUUCCAUAACUAGGCUCCGUAUUAUGAACGUACAUCUUCCAUUAUUCAGCACGAAGAUACAUAGGGAUGUUGGUGGUGUUUCUGGUAGCAGUUGGACUUUCGGGAGCAUGUAGAAUAUCCCAGCACCCCUGCAGAAAUGGAAAGUGCCUCCCUCUCGACCUUUACUGCAACGGGAACAACGACUGCGGCGACAAUUCCGACGAGCCGAAAUACUGCACAGUUUGCAAUAGGACGUAUUAUGGAGAAGUGGGAAGAACGUAUUCGAUAACGUUGAAAACGCCUAGGGAAAACGCCCUGCCGUACCUCUGUCACCUUACUUACAUCGCCAGCGGUCACGACUACGGCGAUAUCGUACAGUUUCUGUUCGACACGUUCAACGUCGGCAGGUUCGACGGACAGUGCACGGACGGUUACAUGCAGGUGACAGAGCUGGGGAGGCCGCUGACCGAGGGCGGAUGGUGCGGGGAGGCGAGUGGUCCCACGGUUUAUUAUUCCGAAUCCACGACGAUCACCCUCACUGUGAGGCUGGUGCACAAUUCGCCUCUCAGGCUCAACAUGAGGUAUAAAUUUCUCGGAUCGAUCGAGGCCGUGUCAAGGUUGGGAAGCGUCGAAGCGCCGAUUGAACGCGGCGUUCACGUUCCAGGCUCAUACUGCAGCAGGACGUUCGACGAGUGUUACAGGAAAAACUGCCAGGUGCAGAGUCCCAAUUUUCCCGGCCUCUAUCCGAGGAACGUCACCUGCUAUUAUCUAAUAAAGCAGAAGACCGUUCCGACCUGCAAACACGCCAUGAUCGGCAUAAAGGACAAUUACGUCAGGAUAAGAAGGUCCGUGGCGGGAUUUAACAAGACUGUCAAGUUCACGAGGACGGACUGCUCGCCCGGAGAAGACCAGCUGCUUUUCCACGAUGGACCAACGGAAAACGAACCACUCCUAGCUCGCUACUGCGGCGGAGGUCUUCUGCCCCAGAUCGUCUCCAGGGCUCCGAUCAUGCUGGUCGUGUUCAGGUCCUCGCCGUACAGCGUGCCGACAGUCGACACCCGGCGUCCCGUCCACGGGUUCUCCCUGGGAGUCAACGUCCUCUAUUCGGACUCGGACUCGCUCGAUUUCGCGAGGAGCGUUUCAAAGUGUGAAUUCUACGUUAACGGGACUGUCAAACGAAAAGGCGAAGUGCUCAGCCCGAGGCACACUCUCCCGCCGAACACGACCUGCUGGUACAGACUCGUGGGCCUUCCGACGGACCGGAUCUGGCUCUACUUCGACUCGUACAGCGUCGAAGGGAACGCGAAUUGCACGACGAGGCUCAGGGUUUUCGACCAGAACGCCCUGCUUGAAGACACUUGCGAAUCGCCAAGGCUUUGCGACCACGGAUCUCUGAGGAACUCGUCGAGGGACACGAGGCCGUGCAGGAAGCAGGAGAGCUACAUCACCCCGUCCAGCAGGCUUUCGAUCGAGCACAGGAGCCAGCACGGAACCGCGAUCCAGCCCUCCUCUUUCAAAUUCCAGUUCGAGUUCGUCGAUACGAGGCUAGGCGGGGAAAAUACAAAAGCCGGGCCCUGUCACAGACUUUUUCGAAAAAAGAAGUCGGGGAUGGUCCAUUCGCCUAAGAACGUAUUCAUGUACGGCCGAGGAGGUGCAAAGAACCUGACGUGCGUGUACAGGAUUGAAUCGAGCGUCGGCGAAAGGGUGAGACUGUCGAUCCACAACGCAUCGUUCGGCCAUCAGGACUGCAGGACGGUCGCAGAUGGUCACACGAGCCGGCCGAUAUGCGUCAGGAAAGGGCGGUCCGUCGAGCUGACCGUCUCCGACCUGCCGUGGAAGGACAUCAAACUGCAACGAGCUUGCUACUGCGACAAUUCCGUUCUCGCAAGGACGACCGCCGGCCCGGCCGUUUUCCUCAGCUCCGGUCGCAUCCUCGAGCUGAGCUUCGCCGUCACGGAGUUCAACAUCACUGAGGACUUCACCGAUAUCUACUUCCACGCCACGUACCAGAUGGUGAGGUGGGCGGAAUGCAGCAGGCACCAACGCGUCAAGGGCUCCGGGGGCGAGAUCGGCCUCGUCUUCCCACCUAGGGAAAAGGAAGACAUGUACUGUGAAGGCAUGCCUUGGCUCGUCGAAGCGACGCACAACAAAAGUCUUUUCCUCCUCACCUGGGGCCAUUUCCUCCCUUUAGACGCACCCUCGGACAGCUGCCCCACGACGAACAGAGUACUCCUUUACACGGGGACGCCUCUUAAGCUGAUGAGAGUCGUCUGCCCCUCGAAAGAGAAGGACAAGGAAUUCGCUGUCCAGGUGUUUUCCGAAGAGUGGUUCGGCGGGGCCGUCUGGAGCCUGGCACCUCCGUCGUUCCUUGUCGAGUUCGUCGGACGGGAAGCUGGAGGGGCUUUUCUCAACUGGCUCGAAAUAUCGAAGAGCAAAAGCUUCUCGGCGAAGCAGGUGGACAACUCCACCCCUUGGGAGUGCAAACACAGGUGUCCUGAGCUGAACGCCUGCAUCGCCCCCGGUUUGUACUGCGACGGCCAGGUCAACUGCCCGUCCGGGUUCGACGAGGAGAACCCAGACUGCGGCGUUACGACCAAGCUACUGUCAGCGCUGACACCGGCCAGACUCAUAGCCGUGUCGACUUCGGCUAUAGCAGCGCUGAUGUGCCUCUGCAUAACGGCGAUCCUCGCAUCCUGCUGUCGUUCCUCGAGGCCCAAGAGGGACAAGGACGCUCUGCUAGCCAGCAACUCGUCGACCCUCUCCUCCUGACGAAGGCCGUCAAUCGAGGUCAUUGAAACCGACCGGGAGACGACCGUGUGACCUCGAUAGCCGGCAUCGCGAUACCGAGAAACGCCUGACAAAAGGUCGACAAACAAUCCCAAAGGAUGGCGUCAUACCGUAACAAUGACGUCCCUUGGAAAACCUUUGGCUUUUAGCCUUUUAGCCUUUCAACCGCACAAAUAAUACCAACCGUCAAGUCCCUGAUCUGAAGGACCAAACUAUCAAUAGGGACUUGCCAUCAAGCUGUGAAGUUGUGUGAGCCAAAUAUUGAAAACUGACAACAUAAAAGAAAAAACAUAAAACUAAAAUAAUUAUCAUAGCGCCAAUUAAACUUAAAC